ACUGCCAUUUCAGUUCAGAUUUGUUCAGACUUGUGAGAAAAAAACAAAGAAAAUUUCUGGGUUUUUUUUCUAGAUUUGAUUUUGGGGGGUGUUUUUAUUUGAAAAUAUGGAAGAAGGGUUGUCGGGGUUUUGUAUUAAAGGGAGUCAUGUUCGUGGUAAUAAUGGGAACAACAAUGGUGGUAGUGGAACUAAGUGUGGGAGAUGGAACCCUACGACUGAACAGGUUAAGGUUUUAACCGAACUGUUUAGGUCUGGACUCCGAACACCGAGUACUGAUCAAAUCCAGAAGAUUUCUACACAGCUUAGCUUUUAUGGGAAGAUUGAAAGUAAGAAUGUGUUUUAUUGGUUCCAGAAUCAUAAAGCUAGGGAAAGACAAAAGCGUAGAAAGGUCUCUAUUGAUGAAAAUGAUUUCAUUUCUAGAGAUAACAUCUUCAAUAACAACAACAACAAGAUUUCAUCUUCGAAACGGUUUUUCGAGGUUAAGGAAUAUCAAUCAGAUCAAAGGGUUAUCGAGACAUUACAACUAUUUCCAUUAAAUUCCUUUGAUGAAAAUGAGCAAGAGAAGCUGAGAUUCCAUGCAAACGAAUGUAGGGAAACAUCAUCAUUUCCAUACACAAUCAAUAACCCAGAAAUGGAUCAUCCACCAUUGGAUCUUCGUUUAAGUUCCCUGUGAAAAAAAAAAUCAUAAAAUGUUGAAAAAAAAAGUAAUUUUAGGUUUAGGCAAUGAUGAAA